ACAAACAAGACGAGAACUUGUAUACGGCAUUAACCCUCGAUGGGAGAAAGAUGUACGAAGAAAUCAUAGCAGCCACUCAGAAUUUUGAUGCCAUGUAUUGCAUUGGGAGUGGUGGAUUUGGAAGCGUCUAUAAAGCAGAGUUGCCAUCGGGUAAUAUUGUAGCUGCAAAGAAAAUCCACACCUUAUGUGAUGGUGAUCAUGUGACUGAUCGGAAAGAGUUUCUCAAUGAGAUAGAGGCAUUAACACAAAUACGGCACCGAAACAUUGUGAAGCUACAUGGUUCUUGUUCAAAUGCACGACACUCGGUUUUGAUUUACGAGUAUCUUGAGAAGGGCAGCCUGGCCGAAAUCCUAAGCAAAGAAGAAGAAGCUAAAGAAUUGAACUGUAGUAGAAGGGUGAAUAUUGUUAAAGAUGUGGCGCAUGCCUUGUCGUACAUGCAUCAUGAUUGCUUACCGCCCAUUGUUCACAGAGACAUAUCAAGCAAGAAUAUUUUGCUGGAUUCUGAUUAUGUAGCGUAUGUUUCGGACUUCGGCACUGCUAAGCUUCUGAAGCUAGACUCAUCCAAUUGUACUGGCUUUGCAGGAACAUUUGGAUAUGUAGCACCAGAGCUUGCUUACACAAUGAAGGUGACCGAGAAAUGUGACGUGUAUAGCUUUGGAGUGUUGGCACUUGAAGUAAUCAAAGGAAAUCAUCCUGCUGAUUUCAUCUCUACUGCAUCGUCUCCCUCUGCUAACAUACAGCUGAAGGACAUAUUGGACCAACGCCUUUCAACGCCCACAGUUGAAGUUGAGGACCAACUGAAAAAGAUUGUAACUUGCGCAGCUGCUUGCUUACGUGCGAAUCCACAAUCUAGGCCAACCAUGAGGAUGAUUUCUCAGAUGUUAUCAGUCAGCUCGACUGUGCAGAUUCCUAGUACAGUUACACCUGGAGAACAUGAAAGGGUACUCUAAAUCAUAAGGCUAG